AUGCUCAACAACAACUCUUUGGAAGGCAUGAAGGAUCAUGAUGAUCAAGGAUCCGAUCAACCGCAUGAGACCAACCACAACAUGGAUACCAUCAAUACCGAAGAUAUGAACCAAGAACAAGUAAUAAACGAUACGGAUUGCUCAUCCAUCAGUGAUGAUGAAUUAUUGGAUAUGGAUACCGACUGGUCCAAUCACAAUGAUCAUCAUGAAGAUCAUGAAGAAUCAUUGUAUCAAGAUCAACAUCCACGAAGAUAUAUUCAAAAAUUUAUAUUAGGAAAUAAUAGAUCUGAAUUUUACCAUCCCUAUGAUAUGGUCGUGGAUCAACAUCAAGAAUUGAUUUUUAUUUGUGAUUCUGGACAUCACGCCAUUCAAGUAUAUGAUCUGUCCACUUACAAGUUUUUGAAAAGUAUUGACCUUGCAAGUGAUACUCCGUUUUAUAUUGAUUAUGAUCCUAUAGAAUCUGCAAUUGUUUUUGGAAGUAAUAGCCACUGUUUGUACAAGUAUUCAGUGUUUGGCAAGUUGAUUUGGAAAGUAGGAAAAUAUGGAGAUGGUAAUGGAGAGUUUUCACUGCCAUCAGGAGUGUAUAUUGACAGCAAAGAGAAAUUAAUUUAUUUAUGUGAUCAAGACAACCAUAGAAUUCAGGUACUGAACUCUCAUGGAGAGUAUGUUCGCCAAUUUGGAGUGUAUGGCCGUGCACCUGGGCAAUUCAAUGGCCCUCGUAAUAUUACAGCCUCUCUCGAUGGACAAUUAAUCAUCACUGAUCGAAACAAUCAUCGUGUGCAAAUUUUCACAAAGAAUGGUCAAUUUGUGAAAACAUUUGGAAGUUACGGUUGUGGUCAUGGUCAAUUUAAUGAACCAUGUUCAGUGUUGGUGGAACCGAAAACUGGUAAUAUCUAUGUGAGUGAUUCAUUUAAUGAUAGAAUUCAGGUUUUCAGCUCUAAUGGAGAUUAUAUUGAAUGUAUUGAGGGUGGAUUGGAUUAUCCUUUGGGAAUUUCUCUGAAUGCCAAAAACGGAGACUUGCUGGUCUCAGAAUAUUCAAGAUGCCGAGUCGUAAUUUUGAAAGAUACCAAAUUUGAAUCGAGAAUGGAAGAACAUUUUAAGAGACAAAUGCUGUAUUGUGUGAAGAAUCUCAAUAACGAUAUUGACAUUGUAAGCCAAAUUUUGGAGAAGGAAGAGUAG